AUGCUCGCCACACAACGUUCAUAUGUCCUGGCCAUUGCCACUUUCCUGGUAGUCGCGACACUGUCAUUCUACGUGUUCCGCGACCAAGGCGCAUUAGUGGUUGAAAGAAUCACAAACCCGCCAUACCUAUCAUCGAAACCUACCAUUCGAGACACAAUCAACACAUUGUUUGCCAGAAUAAAACACGAUCCAAAUGCUUCUGCAUACGUCGAUCCGUCAGGCACAUACUACAAAGGUGGAAACGAGACAGUCUGGACAAGACCCCUCGGCAAGAAAGUCUUGAUUGUGGAUAUCGACACGCGUGUGCCAACUGGGGAGAAUGAGCUUCUCAAUCCAGAACGCUUAGACUGGGAGAAUCUUAAGACAUCCGGAGCCGGUAUGGUGUCCAACUCCAUCAUGAAUCACUACCUGUAUGCCAUGGUCCAUGGAUAUGACUACAAAUUCUACCAGGCGCGGGACAUGAAGGAUCAUUACAACACCUGGAUCUUACCCCAUGUUCUCCGCGAGUUGAUACCUGGUUAUCAGUUCGUGGUCGUAAUGGAUGCCGACGUUACAAUCCCACACCUUGACGUUCCAUUCGAGUGGAUGUUCAACCGCUGGGGUAUCAAAGAGCACACGUCCAUAGCCCUUCCGUGGGAUACUGAAGAAUUCCGCGACGAAGGCUCUAUCAGCAUAGAUAGCAAGGGGAUGCGCGUCCUCAACACAGGUCUGGUUGUCGCGCAGAAUUCUUCUUUGACGCUGGAUUUGCUCGAAGCGUGGCGGGACUGCACGACUGAGAAACGCUACAAAGGCUGCGCCAAGUGGAAGACCGAAUGGAGCCACGAACAACGCGCCUUCUCAGAAUACAUUCGUUACGAUUUCAACAAGACGCCUGAAACGAUCGUUAGCAUACCCUGUGACGAUGCAGUAGGGUGGCCGGGCUUCCGCGAGGAUAUGCUAAAUCGACCCGGUACCGAGAAUCACGAUAUCUCCAAUUGCAAUGGGAACUUCGUUCGGCACUACACAACCAUGGGGAAGAGUCGAGUCAAGGAUGCGAGUGCAGCCAGUGUGAUGCAGGUGUUGAGCGAGGCGCUUCAGAAGAGUAUUUUAGCAAACCCGGAAGAAGUGUGGUACAAGGAACCAGAGAAAAAGAUCGAAGAGCCAGUACCGAAAGAUCAACCAACAGAGGUGCGGAAAGAUGAGGAGAGUAAAUUGGACAACGAUGUGGUUUUGAUAGAAAGAGAAGCAUGA